CUUAAAUCCGUAAAGUUUGAGACUGAACUUUGCUCUUCUAGAUUUGAACAUUUUGGUGACAACGCCCAAUGGAAACAGAAGAGUGAAGGAAGGUGACUCUGCGAAUCUGAGCUGCUUUAACAGCUGCGACGGCGGAAACUUUUCAUCUGCUUUCAUCUGGUUUAAGAACGGAGAACUCACAAAUGAAGGACCUGUGCUUUAUUUAAGCAACAUGACCUCCACGAACUCUGGAAACUACACUUGUUCUCUGAAAACACACACAGCAACAACUUCAGGAGUCCUAAAUAUUGAUGUGGAAUACGGCCCCAAGAACACAUCUGUCAGACGAUGGAUGGAGGCGUACGCUGGCAGCAACAUCAGCCUGAUCUGCAGCAGCCAUGCAAACCCCCCAGUGGAGAAUUACACUUGGUUUAAAAUAGAUGGUGAUGCUAUUAGGGAUGUUGGACACCAGCCUGUGUUCUUCCCUGGUGAUGGUGGCCACUAUUUAUGCAGUGCCACGAACAAACAUGGAAGCCAAAACUCCUCUGUUGUGACUUUAAAGAUUCAAACAAAUUGGGCAACAUUUACCAGAGAUGUCCUUAUCAUUGCUGCUGUGCUUCUUGUGAUUGUGAUCAUUGUUAUCGCUGUCAGAAGACUUCACAAAAAAAGGAUGUGGACACCGAGGACAGAGGAGGACUCACAGGAUACAGACUAUGUCAACUGGCUCCCCUGCGAGCAAUUACAAGAGGAGCCUCAGUGUGAGGGAGGAGCAACAGAGGUGAUCUAUACAACUGUUCACUUCAACAACAAAAGAGAGUCAAACAUGGGGCAGCAGAUGGACCCCCGUACAGAAGUGAUUUACAUCUCAGUGUGCAGGGACCAACAGUCGAACCCUUCUCAUAUUGAGCCUCCCUGAUAUGACAAC